UUUACUCGUACACAACAACCAAUGGUUUCUGUCGACUGUCACACCUCUAAGUCACGCUACCUGGGUGAAUUUGAAGACAUACGAGUGUGUAAUCGUUGCAGGGACGUCUGCAAUAAUAUUGCGACUACGCAUUUAGUGAAUAUUCUUCAACUUUUCGAUGACAAACGAUGACGCAUUCAGAAGAUCCCAAAGACAUUCAGGACAUAGAUAAUGAAGCAAAAAUGUCCUCCUUGAUGCUGCUCCUGUUGGUCAUCUUCCCCUUUAGCCAAUCAGAUCAUCGAAUCAUCACAAAACAUCCCUGUAUAUCGGCAUACGAGAUUACCUCCAUCCUUACCUGCCAGAAUGAAUUACAAGCGGAGUCAUUAUACACCCUCAACGAAGUAUGUUGUGAAUGCCUCCUUAACGUCACAGACUGUUACAUACCCGGAUGUACCCCGACAGACGGAAAUUCCCGAGCGGUUCUAGUCAUCAACAGGGUGUCACCAGAACCUGCCAUACACGUAAAUGCACAAAAGAGGAACAUCACGACACAGAAUGAAGUGUCUAUAUUCAGCGCAGACAUCGCACCAGCAUCCUGAUUUUGUCAUUUUUAAGAUAGCAUCUCUCAAAUAUUCAAAAUUCCAUUAUACAUUUCAAAAUAAAAUAUUUGAUUUUUUAUCCAUUGCCUGCAGUCUUAUUAAAAUGCGUUGUCGGUCUAUCAAACAUACUGGUAUGAAGGGCUAGCAAAUCUGUUCGAACAAAUGGUAUCAAAUGUACUAAAACAUAAAUAGCAUGUUCUGAAUAACUACGACAUCUACAUAU